AUUUGGCGUCGAGUUAAUGGGCCUCGUUGACCGUGAAGCCCAGCAACUCUUUGCCCAUCAAGCGCAACGAGGGCAGCGGAGGAGACGAGCGAACGCGCAGCCAAACCCUAGCCCCCGCGCGCGACGCCACCACCUCCGCCUCCCGCCAUGGCCGAUUCCCCGCGCAGGAGGUACUCAAGGUCCCCUUCUCCUUACAGGGGGCGCCCAAAAGCAAGGUCAAGAUCACAAUCUCCAGCUCGAUCCCAGUCUAGGUCUCCUUUGCCUGAUCCUAGAUCUCAGGCAAGAUCAAGAUCUAGAAGCCAUGAAAGGGAGGAGUCUGUAAACCGGGGAAAUACUCUGUAUGUGACUGGACUCUCUUCUAGAGUGACUGAAAGGGACAUUAAAGAUUUUUUCUCUAAGGAAGGAAGGGUGGUUGGUUGCCAUGUUGUUCUUGAACCCCAUACACGUGUUUCUCGUGGAUUUGCCUUUGUCACCAUGGACACUGUUGAAGAUGCAGAACGUUGCAUCAAGUAUCUUAACAAUUCUGAAAUGGAAGGCCGAAACAUCACAGUUGAAAAGUCACGCCGUGGUCGCCCAAGGACACCAACUCCUGGAAACUAUCUUGGUCAUCGGUAUGAGCGUAGAGAUCGCGGGAGAUACCGCAGAGGCUAUGGUGGUCGUGAUGAGUAUUAUUAUGGCAAUGGCAACCGCAGGUCUCCACCUCCCAUGUACUCUUCGUACAGGGAGACUCGAGACUACCCUUCAUACAGGGAGACUCGGGACUACCCUCCCUACAGGGACGCCCGAGACUACUCUCCCCACAGGGGUCCCCGGGACUACUAUGAAGGCAGGGGUGGCCGUGGAUACUCCCCCCCUUAUGAUGGUAGGGCGAGAAGGGAGCGAUCGAUUUCACCGUAUCGGAUGCCAGAAAGAGGCUAUGGUGGCCGCCGAGCGGGUGGCGGUGGCUAUGACAGGUAAGGUAUGCUCCCACAUUUCGUGGACACCGGAUAGUCAAAGAUGGAUGACAUGGUGUUGUGAUGGUAGAUUGGUGUAGCUGUACUUGUGGAUUAAUUCCUCCCUGGAUUUUAAGAACUUUUGUAUGAGCACCUUGUUUGUGGCUUGGAAUGACUGUCCUGUGAAAUGAUGUGCAGACAGUAGUUACGUGGCUAUUAUUUGACAUGCCCAUACCUAUAAUUCGAAUCCUUGACAGGUUGCGCUA